CUUCUUUUUCCCCUCUACAUGAAAUCCUGCAAUAUGCUUCCAAAUUACAGGACACACAUGCUUUAUUCAUGCGCCUAUAGAGCGGCACCCUAAACCGGAUUUUCCUUUCAAAAGCCUCCGUGUUUUUAUUUUUACCGCAGUAUAACAACAAGAACAGAGCAGAUUUUUUAUUUUAUCUUUUGCUGAUGCUGCAGUGUCCAUUUCUCCCCAUCAGAUCGGGCGCUGGAUCCAGCGUUUUAUAUCGGCCUUUUUUUUGUCUUAAAGUCUCCGUCUGCGUCCGGCUUUUCUAUUUCCAGCAUGAUUUUGGUAAACUGUCGGUUGGGAUUGUUGCAGCCGAGCCGCGGUUCAAAGCCGUCUGAAGCCUCCUCUCUCUGCUGCGGGCUGCUCCGAUCGACGCUGAAAACCUACACCAAGAGGAUACGGAUGUUGGCCAAGACAACAGUCUAUUAAUCUUUCAGAGAAAGCUGUAAAAGGAUAUCAGUAUUAAAAAGCCAAGGUGGGGGAAAAGGUGUGCGCUGUGCAUCUGCUGCUCUCCAACUCAGCACAGGUGACGAAGCAUUUGCCGAGAGAAAGAAAGAUGUUCAGCCCAUCGGAGGAGAAGAAGGAGGAGAAGAAGAUGGUGAUGGUGACGGAGAGGGAGGCUCUGCUCGCCUCGCGGCCUCAGUAGAGGCUCCUUCGCCUUCCCCUCCUUUCAGUCCUGUGCCGCACCCCCUUUCGCCCCUUUGGCGCCGCUUCCUCUUCCGGGCCCCUUUCCCCGCGCCGUGCGCCAGGAUGACCGUGGUGUCCACGGAGAACAUGGACGAGACCUCCACCCUGCCGGGACACCCGCAGGACCUGUACCCGCCGGACGACGACCACGACGACCACGACUGCUGCGAGCGCGUGGUCAUCAACAUCUCCGGGCUGCGCUUUGAGACGCAGCUCAAGACGCUCGCGCAGUUCCCCGAGACCCUGCUCGGGAAUCCGAAGAAGCGAAUGCGCUACUUUGACCCUUUACGAAACGAGUACUUCUUCGACCGGAAUCGGCCGAGCUUCGACGCCAUACUGUACUACUACCAGUCCGGCGGGCGGCUGCGGAGGCCCGUCAACGUGCCGCUGGAUAUGUUCUCGGAGGAGAUUAAGUUUUACGAACUGGGCGCGGAGGCCAUGGAGAAGUUUCGAGAGGACGAAGGAUUUAUUCGCGAGGAGGAGCGACCGCUGCCGGAGAAGGAGUUCCAGCGGCAGAUCUGGCUCCUCUUCGAGCACCCCGAGAGCUCGGGGCCCGCGCGGGGGAUCGCCAUCGUCUCGGUGAUGGUCAUUCUUAUUUCCAUCGUCAUAUUUUGUUUGGAGACGUUACCCGAGCUGAAGGAGGAUCCCAGCCAGCGGAUGCGCAUGGUCGGGAACGUCACGGUGUACUACAAAGCCAACUUCCUCACGGACCCUUUCUUCGUCGUGGAGACGCUCUGCAUCAUCUGGUUCUCCUUUGAGUUGAUAGUGCGCUUUUUCGCUUGUCCCAGCAAGGCGGCGUUCUUUAAAAACAUGAUGAACUCCAUCGACAUCGUGGCCAUAAUCCCGUACUUCAUCACGCUCGGAACGGAGCUGGCCGACGAUCAGGACGGCAAGGAGGCGAAAGGAGGAGGGGAACAGGCCACGUCUCUGGCUAUUCUCAGGGUAAUCCGCCUGGUGAGGGUGUUCAGGAUCUUUAAACUGUCCCGGCACUCCAAGGGGCUCCAGAUUUUGGGGCAAACUCUCAAGGCGAGCAUGCGCGAGCUGGGCUUGCUCAUUUUCUUCCUCUUCAUCGGCGUCAUUUUGUUCUCCAGCGCCGUCUACUUCGCCGAGGCCGAGGAGAAGGAGUCGUUCUUCACCAGCAUACCGGACGCGUUCUGGUGGGCCGUGGUGUCGAUGACGACCGUGGGCUACGGGGACAUGUACCCCGUGACCAUCGGAGGGAAGAUCGUGGGCUCGCUGUGCGCAAUCGCCGGCGUGCUGACCAUCGCGCUGCCCGUGCCCGUCAUCGUGUCCAACUUCAACUACUUCUACCACCGGGAGACGGAGGGAGAGGAGCAGGCGCAGCUGCUCAACGUCAGCAACCAGAACUUGGCGUCGGACACCAACUCGAGCCGCCGCAGCUCGUCUGGCGUGAGCAAGUCGGAGUACAUGGAGAUAGACGAGGACAUGAACAACAGCAUCGAUAACUUUAGGGAAGCCAACCUCAGGACUGCCAACUGCACGGCGCCCACCCAGAACUGCGUGAACAAGGGGAAGCUGCUCACCGACGUGUGAGGCGGCCGUCCGGCGCACCGGUGUAAAUAUUGUAGAAAUAAUCUCAAUGCUUUAUCUCCAUUGGUGCAUUUUAUUCUUCCUUUCUUUUGCAUUGACUCAUUCAAACAAACAAACGAACAAACAUACAAACGUGUGUGAAGACUUCAAAAGUUCCAGGCACACAUGAUCCAAUUCAUAAAAAGGGUAGUGGUUCACGUAAUGACGGACUUGUUUUGGCAAUAGCACAAAGAUCAGCAGGUGUCUGGGGGAUAUUUUUGAUAAAUUAAUUUAUUUUAUAAGUUGUUCCAGUUUGACAGAUGUGGGUGUUUGCCAGGCAGGGAGAGACGGAUUAAUGCCACCUGCUCUGGUGCUUCGAUUUUUAAUCAUUCCAAAAUUACCAGCUUUUUACCAGGCGAAGAAAGGUCCAACGAGAGACGUUAUGGUAGUUAUUAUCGAGUUGCACUAUGAGAAAUGUAGGAGCCAGCAAGUGUUAUUGGAGUUUUUCCCCAGAUUUAGAGACAGAAGUCUGGAUAUCUUAGUCUCUGUUGCACCAAUUUGUACCGUUCUUUUUCUGUUGCAAAUACUCAAACUUUACAUUUAGGUACAACUUAAUGUUCUCUUUGACGUCUCGCAAAUGUAUUUUAUAUAAUUGCAGCUGGUUUUUGAAGAAAGCACUUCUUAAAAUCUUCUUCUGGAGCAUUUUUGUUUACAAAGGAAGAAAAUUAAGUCAUUUUAGAGCAAGAUUUAAUAUAUAAGGAUUCAAAUAAAACAGAAGAUAAGUUCAAAUGGAUUAUAACAUUUGAACGAGAGAAUAAAAAAAGAGUGCAGUGCAAGAUAGGAAUAAAUAGUCCCAAAGUGUUUGUGAGUAGAGCUGCAACUAAGGAUUAUUUUCAUCAUUGCUUAAUCGUUUGUUCUAUAAAAUGUCAGAAAAUGGUUCUCAAAGUCGAAGGUGAUGUCAUCACGUCUUGCUUUGUCCACAACUCAAAAGAUAUUCAAUUCACUGUCCCAGAGGAGAGAAGAAACUAGAAAAUACUCACAUUUAACAAGCUGACAUCACACAAGUUUGACUUUUCUUUCAUAAAAAAGUGACUCAAACCUAUUAACAGAUUAUUAAAGUAGUUGGCUAUUAAUGUAAUAGUUUAGGGUUCCCCCCGGUGUAUUGCAAACUCGGGGACUAAGCCACUGGGAAUUAGUUUUAAUGUAUUUUAAGGCGUUUUUUAAACUACCGUUACAGCUCGGUUGGGAACUUAGACAUAGUCAAAGUUUAGCACUGACUAGACCUUGUUUACACAUACGUGGUUAUUUAGAAAAAUGGAGACAUUUGCCUUCGUUUGCACGCAAACAGAGAAUUUGCCUUUGUUGUUGCUAUUUUCGGGAUUCUGAUUGGCUAACGUGGGCUUGAGCUUCUCGUUACACUGCCACCUACAGGUUUGGCAUGUAUGUUUGGCAUAUAUAUAUGCUGUUGAUGACAUAUAUACACGGGUACUGACAGGUGUGCACGAUGUUAUUUUUGAAAACGGAGAAGGUGAAAUGUCCGUUUAUGAAAAUAGCCGGCCACGUGUAUACGUAGCCUUAAUGUCUGGCUUUAAGGAAUCUGUCUUAUAGCUUUUUUAAAUUCUCAAUAUCGCAAUUCUUCCCAUGAAACUAUUGGGGUGUACAUUAACGCUGCCAUCAGUCUGUAACUGGCCCCCAGCCGGGCCCUGGCCGAAAAAAAAGACACUUGCCACCGGGCUAAACAACUUUCCUGGUGGAAACCCUGAUAGAUGUUCAGUUUAAUAUGAUAUAAAAACAGAAAAAUAGCAGGAAAUCUGCAUAUUUGAGAGGCUGAAAAUGUCAUUUUCUGCCAUUACUUUGUGAAAAAUGACUUAAACGAUCAAUAGAUUUUCAAACUAGUUGGCUACGAUUCUUUUCUUUCUCGUUUUUCCGCUUAUAGUCGACUGAUCGUUGCAGCUCUAGUUGCAAACACGAAAGUUUCAGAGUUGAAUAUAGAAAUUCAAAAGAUCAAAUGACUUACAUUGAGAGAACAAAAGUUGCUAAGAUUUAAAAAGCACUUAAGAAAUUUAUCCAAAGAAAAUCUCCCCGACACCUCCCAGGCUUUGUGCAAAAAAGACCCAAAAAACACCCAACUAAACAACAACAAAGCCCAGCUGAGACUUGAAGAACACGUCCGACAUCGACGACACAUUGCGAGUGGAUUACAGUUGUGUUUUUUCUGUGGCACAUCCAGGGACUUUUUUCGGGAAAACUAAAACCGGAUGCUUUUCAGGCACCUUAUGAGAAAAACAAACAGGAAGUGUGCCGAGGCCUUGUGGAGGAUUAUUGCCUCCUCCCGCUGCUGCUGCUGCUGCUGCUGCUGCUGCUGCUGCUACAGGUCCGGUGGAGGUUCCCUGUACGACGCCAUGCAACACUCCUUUAUAUAAAAGCAUGUGGAGACUCUCUCUUCUCUCGUAUAUCGGCAUGCACAAGACAAGACGUUACCUCAUUUUUAUUUUUUUACAUUUUGGGUUUCUUUCUUUGAAUUUCAUCUUUUUAUCACCCUACCCACCCCUGAAAUUUUUCUACUUUUUCUUUCUCAUUUGUUUUCACCAAAAGUGCACUGGCUAUUUAUUAUUAUUAUUAUUAUUAUUAUUUAAAGCAUUUACGUGUUGAAUGUUAAACGCAUUAAGGGAACAGGAACACUUCUUUUUUUUCCGAAGAUCAUGGCAUGUCAACAAUACUAAAGCAUUAUGGCCUAAUUAGCUAUGGUUAUAGCUAUUGUAUACUCAAUGCAUGACUACAGUAUUAAAUUGCUUGCAGUUGUGGAGGGACCUCGGGAGCUGGUGGAUGAUGAUGAUGAUGAUGAUGAUGAUGAUUCUCCUCGUUACUGUCAAGCGUAACGACAGGAUAACGGUGCAUGACGGAGCUAACUGCCGAAAAAAAUGGGACAAAUCUGCUUAAAAGAGCAAAAAACAAAAAAAAAAAAUCACAAGAGACGUAUCUGACGAGCUCUUAAAAAAAAAAA